CUGCCUAUAUAAAAGUUUUUAACAAACGAAGCCUAGAUAGUGGAAUAGUUGAAUAGUUGAAAUUCAUUAGAACAGUACUGUGUGUGUUCAGUGGCUAAUGAAUCUCCAUCUUCAUCAAAUUCAUUCUACUUCCCUCCCAGCGAAUCUCUCAAACAAACAAAUGAAGCCUUCAUCGAUUCUGCUAAUAUGCACCGUGAUCUUAACCCUCACGGCACUCGCCUCCGCUUCCUCCGACGCCGCUUACCCCUCCCCUUACGGCGGCGGCACUUGCAAAUCCGACGACAACAAUCUCCUCAUACCUGUGAGAAGAGAAGUGUACGAUGAUUUCCGAAUCUUCGAUAUCAGUCACAGGUACACCCCCGACAUGCCCUCUUGGGGCUCCGACGAAGGUCUAGGCCAGUUCCUCUGGCUUCCGGCCAGUAUGAAGAAUGGCUCUCUCGCUAACAACUCCGAGAUGAAGCUCCCCACUCAUACCGGCACUCACGUCGACGCUCCUGGUCAUGUCUUCGAUCACUACUUCGAUGCCGGCUUCGAUGUCGACACUCUCGACCUUGCAGUUCUCAAUGGUCCGGCUUUGUUAGUUGAUGUUCCAAGGGACAAGAACAUAACUGCUGACGUUAUGAAGUCCUUAAAUAUUCCCAAGGGUGUACGGCGCGUGCUUUUCAGAACAUUAAACACUGACCGGCGGCUUAUGUGGAAGAAGGAGUUCGACACAAGCUACGUGGGAUUCAUGAAAGAUGGGGCACAAUGGUUGGUGGAUAACACUGACAUUAAACUUGUUGGAAUUGAUUACUUAUCUGUUGCUGCCUAUGAUGAUCUGAUUCCUUCUCAUCUUGUUUUUCUAGAAGGCAGGGAAAUCAUUCUGGUGGAAGGCCUGAAACUCGAAGAUAUUCAACUAGGAAUAUAUAAUGUCCAUUGCUUACCUCUAAGGUUGCUUGGUGCUGAGGGCUCGCCUAUCAGAUGCAUCCUUAUCAAAUGACAUCGUCCUUGAAACAUCAAAAGCUGUGGGAGACGCAUUCAGUGGAAGAUCGUUGUGCUAUAUAUAUAAGUUCUAUCCACGGGGGUUUGGUGCAUCAUGAAAUGGUCAUUGUAAAAAUAAAGAUUUUCGUUUGUUUUGAAUACUCGACCUCCUAUGACUUAUGUGGCUAGGUUUAAACGAUUUAGUGAGUGUUUCUUCUACUUUGUGUUUUUCAUGUCGAUGGUAGAUAUAGAGUUUGUUUGGUAUCUCUUAAAUAGGUGCACUUAUUUGGGUUAUAUCACUUUUAUUUUUUUGCA